UGCUAAGCCUCCCGCCUUGUAGUCUCAUUUGGAGGAAGAGAAAUCACAUCUCUUCUUUCUGGCUGAAAAUCUUGACCGCAAUUCUCUCCUUGUUUUCUUACUCUAUCUCUAUCACUCUCGGGUCUCCUUCCUCUCUUGUCAUUGCAGUUCCCAUCAUUGGUCGUCUAAUCUGUUCUACCUGCAGCCUCUUCUAGAAGCAUCGUGGUAAUGGUGCAGCCUGCUUAUGGCAGGCUGAACAUCCAAUGGGGUGGUCAGCGCCGCGUCACACGACAAAAUCAUAUUGGCUCGAGGGCUCAAGUGAGGCUGAAAUAUUGAUUCUGGGAGCGCUGCCUGGCACCUCGAAGAUGUUCAUUCUUCUGUUCAGGGCGACAAGCCAUGCUUAUUAUAUCAGAUUUCCCUCGUGUCGUCUCGAUGUCGGUUGCUCUCCAACAUUCACCACGGAUAUUCAGUGGACUGGUACGAUCUGCUUCGAUCUGCUUCAAGCGAUGCAUCGCUUUUUCAGCUUGUUUUUACUGUUUGCGACUGUAGUCCGAGCAGAAAAAGAUAUCGAGGGGGUCACCAAGCCGUCGGAUGUCUUUUGGCAGCUCGCCAACUUGAAUGAGAGUGCUCCCGAGAAACUGGGUAAUGUCUACCUCGGCGGUCAGAAUUAUACAUGGUGCUGCCUCAGGGCCGUUGAAGAAGGGUUGAGAAUCGACAAUGGCACACUGAUCAUCUACAACGGUACGGUUACCAAUAUUAGCGCGUUGACAACCGGUGAUCUUCGGAGCGCAGCCAAUCGAAGUCAGUUCCCAUGUGAUGCCAAGUAUAACGAUGCGCAUCUUGGUGGUGCACCUGAAGUGCGAGUCCAAUAUGAAUGGUUCAUCGACCACUGUCCUGGCUGGUCUCUCAGCGACAAGUCUAACUUGAACGCCUGGCUUCACUCCCUCUCGGGUUUCUUGGUACCAGCAGUUGUUUUCUGCUUAUCAGUGCCCAGGCGUCGCAAGCUUCAUGUUCCUCGCCACUUAUUCACAGCGGACAUCGGCGGCAUCAAAAGCAUCAUCCCAGCAAUUCUCGGUGCUAUCAUAGCAGGCUUGAUCGUCACAGUCGACACAAUUAUAUGGCUCUCCAUCUGCUUCGCCUUCGCCGGGCCCAUGAUUCUCAGUGGUCUCUACGAGGCGUUUCUGGACAAUCGAGUUCUAGAGUUUCUCAAAAAUAGGAUCUACGCCAGCCACUUGACCUUGGACAUGCGAUGUCGCUGUCUCAUGCUGGUACUUAUUGGAAACCUAGAUCUCGCUCUAGGCCCCGAGGGUUUCUCUGCUUCCUCAACUGUUGUUAGGCGUGGAUCACCGCAGAGAUCAGAUGAAGAGGCCGGGGGGCGCGGUGCAGAUAGUGCUCCUGACGACAGGCCACCUCCGUCAGGCUCCAGUGAUGCACCGUCCAUGGGCACAGAGUUGAGGAGACGGGGCAGUGGACGGAGCAGUAGACCGAGCGCAUCUGUUCCACAGAUUAAUGCGGAUGAUACCCAAGCAGCGCGAGGAGUUACACGUCAAUCCACAAACGACUUGGUGGCAUCUCCUUGGCGCCACAUGGAGAACUUACUCUAUGAUCUACGACUUUAUGACGAUGACGAUCUUUCCAGGCAGCGUUCUCCUCGGCAGCGGGCAAAGCGAUUCAUGACACCUGGGCAACGAGAAUACACCAUUCAAAAGCCACGGCCAAGUUCACAAGAGACCGACCAUAACAUUAUCAAGACCAAAACGCGAUUACGCACAAUGUUGCAUUGCCAGUAUUCAUUCGGGUCUAUUGUUGGAGCACCGGUAAUAUUUUUCCUCGGAGGCUUCAUCUUCUCAUUCCUAACUAGUCUUGACGAACUGGGCGAUGAAAAUAUCGCAGAAUCCAUUGCCUUCGGAUCAUGGUACAUGAUUAUUCCCCAUAUUGCCAUUAUCUCUGGUCUACUCCUCGCGGGCAACAACCCGAAUAUUCUCGAAGGAGUUCUUGCGACAGAGCGCGAAAAAGAGAAACCGGAAGAUCCGUAUCCAGUCUUCGGCUUCUUGCCCUUUGACCUUGUUUAUCCAAGUUGCUACAAGGUCGCAUGGCAGUGGCAACGUGGCCAUACAAAAAAGUUGUGGAUUGAGCAGCUCCUUUCAGUGUACAGCACAACUACCGACGUCGAAUUCCCAGGUCACCGAGGAAUCGAUGGGGACAUGAAGUAUCUUAGGUCUAAAACCACUUUAUCGCUCCUCGACUGGUUUGUUUUACUCUUUCUCACCUUGCUCCUCGUCGGCAUCCCAUACUUGUUCGCAUUCAUGCUGGCAUACUUCACGCCGCAAAUUGGGCUGUCCUGUCGCUCCCUGACGUUCCUGGUUUACUUCGGCCUUCAGCUUGCACAGGUCGGUUUAUGGCUCUGGGCUUAUGUCGGACCUCCUAGUAAUGGCGAAGCCGCUACCCGCACCGGAAAUACUGGAAACACCACCAGGCCAAUGAACCUCUUCAGGAAAGGAGGGUGGCUCGAUGAACGAGGCUUCUAUGAUCCGUCUAGAGCCCCAUGGCAUGGAAACACAAGUUCUCGAAACAGGUUCAAGCUUUUCUGGGCCUAUAUCAAAGACCCAGUGUCAGCUCGACACAAAUACUGGUUUCUGUCAUGGUACUUGUUGUACUACUCGUUGCAAUUCACAUUCGGACUGUGCGCAGUGUUCGUUAGCCUAGGGGGAACCUUGAUGCAAAUCAUGGGUGUGUACCGCACCAACAUGUGCUUCAUCAACGCACAUCGUUGGCUGGAGCCGAAAGAAAGACGGCCACCAGUAGUACUAUCGGUAAACAGCCGGGAGAUGAUCAAGUCUGCUACUAGUAAGGAUCUACCUGUUGGAAGUUUUGAUAUUAUCGGGAGAGCAUAGCUAACGCUUGUCAGCGUACUGGGAGCCGGUCGCCAUCGCCGC